AUGCAGGAGAUCCUUGCUGACUCGGUCCCGCCUUUUGCCGGGAGGUCUGCCGGAAGAUGGCGGCGGCUGCGGAGCUAACGCUACUGGAGAAGUCUCUGGGGCUAAGUAAAGGGAACAAGUACAGCGCUCAGGGCGAGCGCCAGAUUCCAGUUCUUCAGACGAACAGUGGUCCAAGUCUAACAGGACUGACUACCAUAGCAGCUCACCUCGUCAAGCAGGCCAACAAGGACUAUUUGCUGGGGAGCACGGCAGAGGAGAAAGCCGUGGUUCAGCAGUGGUUAGAAUACAGGGUAACUCGAGUGGACGGACACUCCAGCAAGGACGACAUCCGCGCUGUCCUGAAGGAUCUUAAUUCAUAUCUUGAAGAUAAAGUCUACCUUACAGGAUAUAACUUCACAUUAGCAGAUAUCCUAUUAUAUUAUGGGCUUCAUCGCUUUAUUUGCCAGUUACUGUGGCCGUCCGUGAUCAGCCCCGUGACUCACUGCUCUCUUGAAGUGAUUUCACCAGUACACAGCAGCCCCCGUGAACAGGCUGUUACUCGAGAUUAUUAAAAUCCUUUGUAACCUUACAUGUGGCUCAACUAUAGGAUUGUUACCAAUUGAAAUACAUUUGUUUUGGAGUUUGGAACACCAGUGGAGGUAUCAUUCUUUUAGAAAGAAAGGAGAAGUAAAAAAGAAAGAGCUACGGAACAAUCCAGGAACACCAGCUGUGAAGAGUGUCCCAGAGGCAGCGUGGAGUCUGCCGGAAAGCUCGCAGACCAGCAUUUCCUCUGAUCUGGAAAGGGUCGCUCAGGGUGUUUCUCACAUGUCUUCAUGGAAAAUUAGUGACUAAAGAUAUUAUCUGUUUGGCCUUACAGUUCAAACUGGUUAUAGAGCGCCAGUAUAAAUAUGAAGGAAUGAUUUGCUAGAAAGGCUGAACAUCACUGCAGACAUACUGGCACGCAGACCAGUAAGAAACAGGAAGUGUUAAUUAGAACAAUCGCAUUGUGUUUCCCAUUAUUAAAAAAAGAAAAAGGAGAAAGAAAAAUUGUCAGCUAGAAAGGGAUGGUGGAAAAUCAGUCAUUAGUAAAAUAGUUGAUGGGGAUCCCAUCCCACGAGUUCUGAAAGAAUUUAAGCGUGGUGAGAGUCAAGUCUUCUGUUGCUCUGUUUACAGUAUGUUUUCCAAAAGAGCAGUGGUGGUAAUAAAACCAAAAGGUUAGGUGUAUCGUGCUCUUCCUGGAAACAGGUUGUAUUCUCGCAAAAUGUCCUGAGGGAAAGUGAACAAAUUUACAGAGUCUAACAUAGAUCAUCUAAUUAAAAGAAUCAAUGAGGAAGUGUUAGAAGAAACUUCAGAAGCUCUUGGAAUGAAAAUUGCGUUAUGCUGUGGGUCUGUUGUGUUCCUGACACUGGAGGCUGGGAGAUGUGUGCCUUUCAGGCUGUAAGGUCCUGAUCGGCCACGCGCCGUGUGUGUGGCUGCUGUGACACAGCCGCAGGCCUGGUGGUUUUAAAACAGACACUGCCCUUCCCCCCUGCCAAUCACAACUUGAGUGAACAGCUUGAACCUGGAUCAAACAAGCGUUACUGUACAGAAAUGCUUUCUUUGUGUGUUUUAAUUCAUUCUGAACGAUCACAUCUCACAAAACAGCUGAGUAGAGGCUUUUUAAAAUGAAAGAGUUCUGAAAUUAGUCAGAUUGUAAGCAGUCAAAUUGGACUCAGCAUAUGUAUCAACAGCUGACAUGAAAUCAAGUUGGAGUGAUACUUGCUACUUCUGUUUGCUUUAGCUGUCAGUGAAGAGGCUUGUUGAAUUGGUUUUGAGUUUUAUUUAUGUGUAUAUAUACAUAUGUUUGUGUUUGUGUGAAAGUAGGCUUCU